AUGCUGACAAAACUUAAUCGACCCGGAGAUUUGGAUAAUACAACAACACUGAGUGCCAUGGAGAAAAAAUUAUCAAGGAAUGACCGUCUAAAGUGGGCAGACUACCAAGAAGAAAAGGGGGUAACUCCAAAAAUUGAAAACUUUCUAAAAUGGAUGGAGAAGGAAGUACGAAAGAGAAAGAUUGCUGGAGCCGAUAUUCGUUCCCAGAGAACAAUUUCUCGAAGCGCUGACAACAAAGGCUCAGUAAAUACCAUCACAUUGAAAGGUGAGAAGGAUUCCAGCACGGGUACCAGCACGGACAAACUCGAUUCAAGGACUGAGAAUCCAGGUGAAGUAUUAGGUGAGGGCAACCAAUCAGAACCACCACAACCAACGUUUCAGCAUUGUUGGUUAUGCAAACUGCCCCACCAGUUGGACACAUGCCAACGGUUUCUGAGUAUGACCCCUACUGUUCGUCUCACAGAGGUGAGGAAAGCUCAUGCAUGUUACUUUUGUUUAAAAAUUCAUCGCAACCCAUGUAGAAGAAAGAAAAGGUGCACGUUGUUAAGAGACGGUGAAGCAUGCAAGUUCAGUCAUCACCCCUUGCUCCAUGGAGCGCCAUUUGAGCGAAUGUCCAAUAACAAUGUAUCUGUCAUUGCGGGAGGAAAAAGCCUGCUCCCAACCUUAGAAGUCAGUGCAAUAAAUUCUAUAUCUAAAAAGAAAGCUAAAGCAAAUAUCCUGUUUGAUGGAGGAUCUCAAUUAACUUUAAUCAGAGAACAAUUUGCCCAAAACCUAGGAUUGCAUGGUGAGAGCAUUGGCGUCCGUAUAAGUAAAGUUGGGGGGACCGAAGAGUUGCUGCAAACUAAGAUCUACACUCUCCAGAUUCGUUCCCUUGAUGGUGGCCCGAAAUUCGUGUUGAAAGCCGUAGCUAUCCCUCUGAUAAGUGAAAACGUCAAGGCGGUUCGUAUUGAGAAGUAUGCAAAGUUGUUCAAGAUUGACGCCAAGCGACUUCACCGGGGUUCUGGAGCUGUAGAAUCCUCAUCGGCAUCGACCAUGCUCGACUUCACGGUGGCAACACGCUAG